CACUAACACUCUUUUCAAAAGCUCCUUUUUUUUCCUUUUCUUUACAAAAAAUCUGCAUGCUAUAAUUGGAACCCACAAAUUCACAACCAUCAUUCCUCAUGUGCACGUAACAGUACAGUAGUACCACAUCCAACCCAUUCAUCCAUGGAAGAGACCCACGUCGUUGACGCCACAGUAGUCCCCACAACGCCACUCCUGGCCUUCCUGGAGCGACUUCAAGAAACGGCGCUCCAGACUCUGGGGAAGAAAGGGUUCGACGCUAAAUACUACAUCGAUGUGUCUCUCAAGUCCGAUCUGUCCUCCGCCCAGAAGGCGUUCGACGAAUUGCCCAAGAGGAGUCGUCCCGAUGGGAGUGUUGCCGUACCGGUGGAGGAUUUCGAGAAGUUCGUGACGGAGUACUUGGAGCCGGCGGGGAGUGACCUCGUGGCGCACGAGCCGGUGGAUUUUGUUGCUGAGCCUGAUGGGUUCUUGCCCAAGGUGGAGAAUCCGGAGGUGAGGGCGUGGGCGCUGGAAGUUCACUCCUUGUGGAAGAUUCUGAUCAGGAAGGUGUCCGAUGGAGUUGGGGAGCAUCCUGAAAGGCACACUCUGCUUCCCUUGCCGGAGCCAAUGCUCAUUCCUGGUUCCCGGUUCUUGGAGGUUUACUACUGGGAUUCUUACUGGGCAAUCAGGGGACUGAUGGUGAGCAAGAUGUAUGAGACUGCCAAAUCCAUAGUCACCAAUCUCGUAUACCUUUUAGACACAUAUGGCCAUGUUCUGAAUGGUGCAAGGGCCUAUUACACCAACAGAAGUGAGCCUCCACUUCUCAGUGCAAUGGUCUCUGAGAUAUACAACAGGACAGGGGAUCUGGAAUUCGCCAGGAAAUCACUACCGGCGCUGAUCAAAGAGCACAAGUUUUGGACUACCGGUAAACAUAUAGUCACAGUUCAUGAUGCUCAAGGUGCCAAGUACAGCUUAAGCAGGUAUUUUGCUAUGUGGAACAAGCCUAGGCCUGAAUCUGGCACUAUUGAUAAGAAAGCUGCUGCCAAGAUCUCUUAUAAUGGCCCUGGAAAGCAGCUAUUUUACAGGGAAGUGGCUUCAACUGCUGAGUCUGGGUGGGAUUUCAGUACUAGAUGGAUGAGGGAUAUCUCAGACUAUACAACACUGUCCACCACAUCCAUUUUGCCUGUGGAUUUGAAUACUUAUUUGCUCAAGUUGGAACUUGACAUUGCAUUCCUGGCAAAUGUCACCGGAGAAGAAACUAUUGCUAAAAGCUUCUCAGAAGCAUCUCAAAUGAGAAAGCAGGCUAUAGAAUCUGUGUUCUGGAAUGCUGAGAAGGGGCAGUGGUUUGAUUACUGGCUUAAUGAUGAUGGAUCCUCCUUCAAGGAAUCUCAACCUCACAUUUGUCAAAUUGCCAACCAAAACCAGAAUGCAUUUGCUUCCAACUAUGCCCCGCUGUGGAUCAACCUGUUCCAUUCAGACACAGCUUUGGCAGAGCAAGUCAUGGCAAGUCUUGAGAGUUCUGGCCUCGUGCUUGCUGCUGGGAUUGCAACUUCCCUAACAAACUCUGGACAGCAAUGGGAUUUCCCAAACGGGUGGCCGCCACUGCAGCACCAGAUAGUGGAAGGACUGGUGCGAUCAGGGUCGGAGAAGGCCAAGGAAUUGGCAGAAGAGAUAGCAGUGAGAUGGAUUAACAGCAACUACGCUGUAUACAAGAAGACAGGAGCCAUGCACGAGAAGCUGGACGUGCGAGCCUGCGGUGAAUUCGGCGGCGGCGGAGAAUAUGUUUCUCAGACUGGUUUUGGAUGGUCAAAUGGAGUUGUGUUGGCUUUCCUGGAGGAGUUUGGUUGGCCUCGUGACAGGAAGAUCGGCUGUUGAUUCGUCUCUCAGCUUUUCCGGUUAUAUGUUAGUUAUGGAAGUGUUUUGGAAUGUUCUGUGUUAUGAUCAAGAUUAUGUAGUUAUAUGUGAGCAAGGCUGGAAAUGUUGGGUUUAAGUUUUUUCCUGUAAUAGUAGUUCUCUUCCUACUUGAAAUAAACGAAUAAAAAACAUUACUUGGAUUUAAGAAAAAUUAGUAGCAACAACUAAAAAAAUGAAAAUUUUGGAAAAUCUUGAUAUACGGCCAAGAAAAAUUUGUACUAUAACAUUGGACGUACAUGUUCAAUUUAUGCCAUAAAGAUUAUUUGAAAAUCAAAGCAUGGUAUUCAA